UCAGAGUUUUCGGCACAGAAUAAAAACUGACAGCAAUCCUAAAAUUCUGCUAUCAUGUCUUCAAACAAAAAGUGCUUUCAUUUAUCAGAUAAGGACUCUGUCGCCCGUAAAAGAGAAGUCAGAUCUGUUAAAUGGAUUAAAGUUCUUCUGAUAGUUGUUGGUGUUUCUCUUGUUUUUGCUCUGGGUGUCAUCUGUGCUCUCAGUUUACUCUAUGCGGGUAAAUUCGGACUGUCAGUCAAAGUUAAAGACUGUCUGUACUCUUGUACUGAAUUCAGUGGUUCAUCUUGUAAGCUUUGUGAAGAGGGCUGGACACCACACGGUGGAAAGUGUUAUUUCUUCUCUUCUGUAAAUAAGACUUGGUUUGAGGCUCGUGAUUUAUGUGCUGGAUUAAAAGCUCAUCUGGUCACCAUCAACAGCAAAGCUGUACAUGGUUUCCUGGUGUCUAAAAUUAAAGAGACUCACUGGAUCGGUCUUAAUGAUCAGAAGACUGAAGGUCGAUGGGUUUGGUUGAAUGAUCAAACUCUUGAAGAGACCGGAGUAAAGUUCUGGUUCAGUAACCAGCCGGAUAACUGGACUGGAGAUAAUCCAUCUGGAGAGGACUGUGUCUGUCUGGGAUUUAACCGUGAAUUUUUAAAAUCUUGGUUUGAUGCAUCUUGCAAAUACAAGAAAAAGUUCAUCUGUGAAAAAAAAUUCAUUGCACUUUAGUGAUGACUGACAGUUUCUAUCUUAUAUUGAGGAUCUUCACACGUCUCUCUGUAUUAUGCAUUUAAAUCUUAUUAAAUAAAAGACGUUGUGUUUUAUACCAAGGUCAAGUGUGGUUUUGCAUUUACAUUAGUAUAAAAGACACUGUAAUAUGUUUAUCAUUUAUAAUAACAAUUUGACAAAUUAAAAAACUCAUAUUUCUACAGUCAGUGAUUUAAUGUUUUCAACAUAAUCGCAUUAUUACAUUAUGAGAUGUCU